AUGUCUCUCGUUAAACGCCAAAAGGUGAAAACCUCUACCGAUCUUAUCAAUCACUUCGAUGAUACGGAAACCCACGAAUACUCAUUGGAUCAAGGGAUUUGGUUGUGUACCGAAUCCAUCCAGACCACCCUCACUGCCACAUUUUCACCAUCCUCCUACCAACUCGCCAGUGGCGGAAUAGAUAAACAGGUGUCGCUCUGGAACAUUCCACAGCCCGGUUCCGACGCGGCAACGCCCAACUACGCUACCUUGUCUCACAAAUCUGCCGUCACGGGUAUCUCCUGGGCCACGGAUGAGCAACUUAUUGCUGCCUGUGCCGACUCCUCACUCAAUUGGUGGGACGCCACCACCCAAAUCAAGCUCCGUAAGCUGAAGUCCUGUCAUACCUGUCCCGGCGGUGGUGUCAUAAACCAGAUUUCCGCCAUUGGUACCUCCUCACAGGUGGUUAGUGUGGGUGAUGAUGGCUGUGCGAGGCUCUGGGACAACAGAGAAACUGCUGAUGAGGCCAGCAUCGAGAUCAGGACUAGUUUUCCAUUAACCACAGUGGCAGCGGCUUCCGAUACAGUUUACAUCUCCGGUUUGGACCCCUGCAUUACAGCCUAUGACUUACGUAAGGUUUCCAGUCCUCUCUGGCUGUACGCUCCACCGACCCCCGCGAUGGUCACUUCCCUCAGCCACGGCGGAACCUCCUCUCUUUUUGCGAGAUCCACAGACGGGAGCAUUCAGCAGGUUAAUAGCACACCGUUUGUCCCACUGACUCUUAGCCGAAAGGAAAGGGUGCUACAAGGUGUGGCUGAUACCCAGUCAUACUUGGUUCGGUGUGCCGUGAAUGGGGAUAAGGUUAUUUCUGGGGGCGAAGAUGGUUGUGUCACGAUGUGGGAGUUGGGCACUGGGAAAAUAGUGCGCAGGUGGGAUACCACCGAUGGGGUAAGGAACGUAGUUGUUGACGUUGGUUUUGAUCCCAAGGGCGAAUAUGUCUACGGUACCUUGAGCGGCGGCGGUGUCGGUGUGUGGAAGGUGUAG